AUGGAUCAUUCAUCAAAGCUACAGCUGAUACUUCAAAAUCAGAAAAAUGGUUUGGUCUAUCAACAUCUAAAGAAUAUUAAAGAUGGUGAUAAUGUUGAAGAUAUCGAGAAUGGUAAAGAUGUUGUAUUAAAUGAAAACUCCUUAGCAGCAAAAAUUGCUUUUCUUGAUGAACCAACUAAGGUCUCUGGUCCAAACUAUUUUCGAAAAGAAUGGUAUUAUAAGGAUACUAUAUAUAAAUCAAUCUAUUUCAAUUCAAGUACCAAGACUGGUCGAAUUAUUGAUGAUGAAGAUAUUUCAGAAAGUACAAAGUAUUUUGUUUUUGAUAGCAACUUUAACUAUGGUAUUUAUGCUAAAGAUGCUUUUAAGUGA